AUAUAAAUGUAGGUUAGGUGGUGGUUAGGUUUAAAUUUAAACUGAUUUUAAAUUUUAAACUUAGUUUAAUAAAAGUACUAGACAGCAAGGUAGGUGUUUUAAACACUGCUUUGCCCAAUAAGCAACAAAUAAACUAUUGUAAUUAUUUCGGUAAGAAUUAAAAAAUUGUAUUAUUUCCAUAAUUAUAAUAGUAAGUAUUACACACUAUUAUUCAAAGUGAAUAAUAAUAAUAACAGAACAUUAGAUAUUGACGCCGUUAAUUUAACUAAUAUAAAAUAGUGGUUUAUGGCAAACCUUCAUCAUUCAUAAAAUAUCAACAUAAAUUUUUUUGUAAAUAUUCAAUAAAAUAGUUAAUAGUUGAGUACCAUACACAAUAUGAAGAAAACAUGUUUAAUUCAUUUUUACUUCAUUUUAAUGUUUAUAGCGGAUUAUAAGUUCAUGUUAUUAAAAAGAAUGGUUCACAUAAAAUGCAGAGACAUAUUCUAUCCAUUUAGCGAGGUUAAGAGAUUCCAAAUAAAAGAUGAACAAGUUCCUUGGUCAGUCAUUCUUAAUGAAUAUGAUCCACCUGAAUACAACUCAAAGGUUCUCAUUAAUAAACCUUGGGCGGAUCCCCCUAUUAACGAUAGCAUUUUUAAUCCAAAGUGGAAUCAAUUAGAUGGAAAAAUUAACAGGCAAAGCCAUACAGGUACUUACAACAUUGUUGAUGGCAGACCACUAAAUCCAGAAGGAAGAACAGGAAUUACAGGAAGGGGUGUUCUAGGUAAAUGGGGACCAAACCAUGCAGCAGAUCCGGUUGUUACAAGGUGGAAAAUGGAUAACAACUUAAAAGUCAUAAACAAGACUACAAAUUUACCCAUUCUUCAGUUCUGUGCUAUUCAAAGAAAAGAUAGUAAACAGUGGGCUAUACCAGGAGGUAUGGUGGAUCCAGGAGAAAAAGUGAACGAGACACUUCAAAGAGAAUUUCAAGAAGAAGCCCUAAACAGCCUACAAACAUCUAAAGAGCAGGCAGAAAGAGAUGCUCAAUUAAUAAAAGAUUUUUUCAAAACUGGCGUAGAAAUAUAUAAAGGGUAUGUGGAUGACCCUAGAAAUACUGAUAAUGCAUGGAUGGAAACAGUGGUUUACAAUUUCCAUGACGAUGACGGUCGCCAUGUUGGAAAGUUUAAUUUGACCGCGGGUGAUGAUGCGCAAAAUGUUACGUGGAUGGAUGUCGAUAGAAAUAUAGAUUUGUAUGCAAGUCAUUCCAGUUUUAUUAAAGCUGUUGUGGAUAAAUUAGGAAGUCACUGGUGAGAUAUUUAGGCCAUAAAAUAAGAAUCAAUUAUACAUAUUUUCUACACG